AUGUCAACUCCUGCCAGACGUAGACUGAUGCGAGACUUUAAAAAAUUACAAGAAGAUCCACCUGCAGGUAUCAGUGGCACACCCACUGAUAACAAUAUCAUGCUGUGGAAAGCUGUGAUAUUUGGACCACAUGAUACUCCAUUUGAAGAUGGCACAUUUAAAUUGACAAUAGAAUUUACUGAAGAAUAUCCUAACAAGCCGCCAACAGUUAGAUUUGUUUCAAAAAUGUUUCAUCCAAAUGUCUAUGCAGAUGGAGGCAUUUGUCUUGAUAUAUUACAGAAUCGCUGGAGUCCUACUUAUGAUGUAGCUGCUAUUUUAACAUCCAUUCAAUCGCUUCUUAGUGAUCCUAAUCCUAAUUCACCAGCUAAUUCUAUGGCUGCCCAAUUAUAUAAGGAGAAUCGCAGAGAGUAUGAGAAACGAGUGAAGAUGUGUGUGGAGCAAAGUUUUAUUGAUUAG